AUGUUAGUCGUGCUUUUUGGUGUUAUAGCUGUGUUAUUAUGGUACUGGUGGAAGCGUCAUCCCCGUUCACCUCCGUCGUUUCCUGGUGAACUGCCGAUCAUUGGGCAUGUCAUUGCCAUGUUAGGAUAUCGAAAUGACAUAUGGAGCUUCAUCAAACGGGUUUGUGAUUAUUCUUUGGAAAACGGUGGAUUAAUUCGUCUGAACGUCGGUUCUCAUAUUAUAUAUGUUGUAAGUGAUCCAAACGACACGGGUGUCGUAGCUAGCACGUGUUUGGAGAAAGGAUUUUUUUAUGAAAUUGGAAAGGAUUUUGUACAAAAAGGAUUAUUAACGUCAGAUGCGACCACAUGGAAGACACAUCGUAAGCUAUUACAUCCAGCGUUCAAUCAGCAAGUUUUAAACACAUUUCUAAACGAAAUGAACAUACAAGCUCGAAAUCUCGUCUCACAGUUAACUGCUGUGGCUCAAAGAACGUCAUUAGGAUUGGAAGCUAAAGAUCAAAAUAUUAUCGACAAUAAUUAUGCAAAUGCGAUUCAGGAAAUUUUGAACAUAUUCUGCUAUCGUGGCAUUCAUCCUUGGUUAUAUCCACCGUUUAUAUAUAAAAGAACUGCUUGGAAAAAGAAAGAAGACGACUUAAUAAGAGAUCUUAAGAACAUGAUUAAUACUGUUAUUCAAAAACGGAGGUCAGAUUUAAAGGCGAACAAUUUUGUUACGAAUAAUGGCGUUGAUUCAAUAACAGGUAGGUUUAAACCAGUCCUAGAUCUUUUACUGCAUUUAGCUGAUGAAGAACACGCCUUUACUGACGAUGAGAUUAAAGAGCAUCUGGAUACUAUUGUGAUAGCCUCUUACGAUACAACAUCAACGGUACUACAAACUAUAUUGUUAGUGCUUGGAACAUAUCCUGAAGUACAGGAACGAGUUUAUAAAGAGGUCCAAGAAGUAUUUCAAAACAGUGAAGAUUUGUCUAUGCUUGAUUUAUCAAAACUCGUGUACUUGGAAGCAGUAAUAAAGGAGGUAUUGAGAGUAUACAGUACAGUUCCUAUAGUUUCAAGAAAACUGGACACUGAUAUUGUACUGCCAAAUUACACCUUACGAGCUGGAAGUACAUGUAUCUUGUCGAUAUAUGGCCUUCACCUACAUCCCUCGUGGGGACCAGAUGUGAAGGAGUUCAAACCGGAGCGAUGGCUGAAUCCCGAUACUUUACCUACUAACCCCAACGUAUACGUUCCGUUCAGUAUUGGCAAGCGAAACUGUAUUGGGAAACAAUACGCCAUGAUGAGUCUAAAGACGUCACUUGCACAUAUCGUGAGGAAGCUCCACGUUUCUGGUGACAUCAGUAAUAUAAAGUGGAAAUACGAACUAGUGUUGAAACCAGCAAACCCAGCUCUUAUGGAGUUCACUAUAAGGUAUUAA